AUGAAACAUUUUCUCGAAGUAUAUAAUUCAUCAACACAUUCUACAACAGGACAUACACCAAAUUCAAUGACACAACAACAAGAAGAAAAGUAUAUACAAAAGAAACGAAGCCAAACACAAAAUAUCAGAAAUUCAACACAAUUUACCCUCAUUCCUGGUACAAAAGUUCGUGUAGUUCUUGACGACAAACCGUUGACAAAAAAACGUUUAAGGUUAAGUAGAAACUAUUAUAUAGUAGAUUCAACGCAAGGUAAUGGAUAUCUUAUAAAAGCUGCCGACGAUUCGAUUGCGUUUUACCCUCGUCAUAAGUUAGUCGAAAGUAGUAAUGGCAAACUUGCUGAAACCAUUGACGAAGCAAAGCGAGGAGUGGUUAUUGAAAUACUUGGAUAUAACACAAACGAUGACACUUAUAAAGUAAGAUAUGAAGGAGGCGUUGAAGAUGUUAUACCAUCUAAGAACUUGAGAGAGUCAAAGCCAACUCAUCUGGGACCAUUAGAGCGGGAGUACUGGAAAGAUAAAAACAUACCAGAAAGAAUAAGAAAAUUCUUCUAA